AUGGCCAAUGUUUCAGGAUUUGGAUUAGCCCGUUCAUUGAUUCAUGCAUUCGAUCCACACGGUGAACAUUAUCGACCAACAAUUAAACCAACCACUGGAUUCUCAGCUUCUGCUGACGCUGAACACUUGCACAGAGCUAUGAAAGGUCCAGGCACAGAUGAAACUGCAAUUAUUAAUAUAUUAGCACGUAGAACAAAUUAUGAACGUCAAGAAAUAUGUCAAUCAUACAAAAGUUUAUAUAAUCAAAAUUUGAAAGAUGAUUUAAAAUCAGACACGAGUGGUGAUUUUCGUAAAGUUCUAUGUCAACUGGUUGUGGAUACACCUUAUAUGAUGGCGAAAUCUCUGUAUUAUGCAAUGAAAGGUUUAGGUACAAAUGAUCGUGUACUGAUUGAAAUAUUUACUACUCUAUGGAAUGAUGAAAUGAAAGCUGUAGCGCAUGCGUAUAAACAAGUACUCAAAGACAAAGGAUGUGAAGACUCAGAACGUUCUUUAGUAACAGAUAUGAAAAAAGAAACAGGUGGAGAUUAUGAAUAUGCAUUACUUAGUUUAGUACAAGCUGAACGUGAUGAUAUACCAGUUUUACAAUUGAAAGCAAUACCUGAUAAAGGUGUUAAUUCAGUUGUCAAUCAUGAAUUAGCCGAAGCUGAUGCGAAAGAAUUAUAUGCUUCAGGAGCGGGUCGUACUGGUACCAGUGAAAAACGUAUUACACGUAUUAUAUGCAAUAGAACACCAUAUCAAUUAUAUUUAACAUCAGAAAUUUAUUUGAAAAUGUAUGGUAAAACUUUACUGGAGCAUAUUGAAUCAGAGACAUCAGGUGAUUAUCGUAAACUUCUCGUCGCUGUCUUACGUUAUGCAAUUGAUCGUCCAAGUUUAAUGGCUGAAUGGUUACAUGAUUCAAUGGCCGGUUUAGGCACGAAAGACUAUGCAUUAAUGCGUUUAUUGAUUACACGUUCUGAAAUUGAUCUUCAAGAUAUAAUGGAUAGAUAUGAAGUGAUUUAUGGUAAAUCAUUGCUGGAUGCAGUGAAAGACGACACAUCAGGUGAUUAUCGUCGUACACUGUCUGCACUACUCGGUGAAAAACAGGGUCAAUAAUAUUGAUCAUCAUCAUCGUCAUCAUCAUGAUCAUCAAAUCGAAUGCGUUUAUCAAUUUUAUUCGCUUUUCAUUUAAACAAAUUGAAUUAUUUCUUUUGGAUUGAAACCAAAAAGCAGAACAAAAAUGGCGACCAUUAAUUAACUUUCAAUUCUACUUGUCAUUUUAUUUUAUUGAAUUCAAUUUAAAAAAAAGUCUAAUUAUAUUAUUGAUAUUAUGAUAGAGUUGUGUU